GUGCAUAUAUCUCAGCCUCACCAUUCAUUUUCUCUUUUCCACAAUCUGACCAAACCCUCACUUGCAUUUUUGCAAAAAGAUAACAGGCCACGCAGACACACAUCACAUAUCUUACACUCACACACUAUUUACAUCUAAUACCAAACUCUUUUUAUACUUAAUUAUUCAAAAUGGCUAGAGGAAAUCAGAGAGAAAAGUCCCGUGAGGCUAAUGCUAAGAAAACAAGCUCAACUGCUAAAGCCGGAAGCGGAAUGUCGAAAUCGCAAAUGCAGGCCGAGAAAGAUAAGACCCCCGAUGAGAGAAAAAGCAGCGAAGCACUCGCCGCCGCACAAGGAAAGAAAUAG